AUGUGUCUGUUGACUUCAUUUCAAAUUCUUUUAAGUUUGCUUAUUAUAUCACUUCUAGUGAUAUAUUUAUUAGGAAAGAAAUGGAGAAACAGAAGAAAACAGCAGGUAAAUUAUCCGUCUUCCUCUGCAUCUGAAGUUAUAACUCAACUAUUGAGUUGUGCGUGUUUGAUAUUUAUCGAAGAGAAACUGAUGAAAAUUUCUUGGGGUGGCUAUAAUUAUAUUGUAUUAUCUCACCCCGAAGUGGCUCAGGAAGUGCUAAAGAAUAACACCGUAAUCAACAAAGAUUGGAUUUAUAAUAUUCUUCAUCCGUGGCUGGGAACAGGUCUUUUCACAAGUUCGAACGACAAGUGGAGACAUCGUAGGAAAUUGUUAACUCCGGCAUUUCACUUUCGAAUUCUCGAAGACUUUCAAAGAAUUUUCAACAACCACUCAAACAUCUUAGUUGAAAAGUUGAAAAAUAAAAAGCAAACUGAAGAGUUUCUUAUUGACGAGCUAAUCAGACUGUGCAAUUUGGAUAUUAUUGGAGGUAUACUUGCUUCGUCACGUAAUAAGUGCUUUGUCACGUUAACAAUUGAUUAUUUAAUACAGGAAGUGCUAAAGAAUAACACCGUGAUCAACAAAGAUUGGAUUUAUAAUAUUCUUCAUCCGUGGCUGGGAACAGUCUUCUAA